AUGGAUCUUGAUGGAUUAGUCACGGAUCUUGAUAGAUCAGUCACGGAACUUGAUGGAUCGGUGAAGAAACUUGAUGAAUUGGUAAAGAUGGUGAUGCAGAUUUUGAGUAGAGAAGUGAUGGAACUCGCUUAUCUCACCAUAUUCAACAUUUGUCUCACACUCGUCUUUUGCUCCUCCAGUACGCUGUACUCAUCUCUUGCUCUUUUACCACGCCGAUUGCCAUCGUCGUUACCUCUAGUAGCCUUGCCGGUCGCCACCGCCGUUAGUAGCCUUGCCAAUCUCUACACUCUUCUGUAUCGAACGAUUCGACCUCUCUGCAAUCUCUCUUUUCUCUCUCUGCACCAUCAUCACCGCCUUCAUCUCUUUCUUCCUGAUAAGCAAACACUGUUGAAACUGUCAACAGAGGGGAAUGUUCUUGAUGAGAGAGUAUGUAUUGGGUUAUGGAGAAUAGUUAUUGUGAGGAACCUACCCUACAAGGAUAUGCACAAAACUGGGAAGGUGCCAAAAUUUCUAUCACGUCGUCUUUUCCCUUCUUCUAGGUAUUCUAUUUGGCUUGCUAGCAAGAUGCGACUUCAGACUGAUCCGGUGCUAAUCAUUGAAUUCUUUUUGUGGCAAACUAGAUUAGAGUAUGCUAUUUCAAAUCAUUAUACUCGCCAUUGUGUUUGGAAGGAGAUGUGCCUGAAGGUUCAUUUAUUGUUAGGGCCCAUACACCGAUGUCAAAUUUAUUUUAAUGCCUUUGGUUUAAUGAAGUUAACUGUUUUACAUCAUGUGAUCAAUUGAGCUUUGCUUAUACCUUGAAGUUGAAGAGAUCGAAUCCAGAAAGGCCAUUCUUUCUAAAUAUGUUCAAGGUGGGUAAUUACUAAAAUAAAACUAUUCUUUCCAUUACAUUGUGCUUCAGGGACUGUAAUUUACCUAUACUAGGAGAGUAAUGUGGGAGGCUGAUAAACUAGUUGGAAUUUCUAAAUAAAGAAAUAGUGCCCUUACUAUUAACUUGUUCCUUCAAUCUGCUCAUAUUUAUUGACCUUAAAAACCAUACAUUUUAGGUGUUAGCCUCCCAGUGUUCUGCACUUGGCUGGUUAGUUAAACGAAUUUUCAUAAUAUCACUCUUUGAUCAGAAUUUCAGAAUGCUUUUCUAGGUCAUUUGUUUGUUUAUUUUUUAUUUUUAUUGCAUUGACAAUUCAAAUUAAUGUGGCUAGAACAGAUGUGUACUAAAAUAAGGCAUUUUGAUUCCAUCAAACGUUAGAGGUGGUGCAUUUAUUGGACGCAUGCUAGAUGAGGCCUUGUAUAAGGUUUAUUUCAUGUUGUGGCCACAAUUGCCUUACAUGUUCUGUUUGUUAUGAUAAAGGAUACGGACAUAUGACCCAUCAACUCCAGCAUCAAGAAAUGCGACUAUCUACUGUGGAUCAGAGAUCAUGUCACUUGAGUGGGAUUGUAAAUCAGACUGUUUGGUAUUUAAUUCAACAUCAUAUGAGUGGGAUUGUAAAUCAGACCGUUUGGUAUUUAAUUCAACAUCAUAUGAACAUGUUUAUUCAUUUUCAUGUUGGAGGAUGAUGUUUCAUUGUUUAAAACCAGAAAUUCAUGUUUGUAGCUCUUGUUUGUAGCUGCCUUCUUCCUUGAGCCAUUACCACUUAAAGCUUAUGCCCCUUGGAACCUGAGGAAGUUUAUUUAGCUUUCUUUGAUUGCUUGAACUGAAAUAUUAAUCAAGUUUUAUCUAUGUUUGAGGUCAUUUCAAGGCUUGAGUAGGAGAAUGUAUCUCUUUGCUAAGUUGAGUGCUUAUACAGGACAUUAUAUAUAUUGACUGAUCAUAAUUGUUGCCUUAUGUCGUUCUGAUAUGCCUACUUACUGAUGGAUUUUGCAUGAUUAAAAAGUUCAAUGCACAUGUUUGCUACUAUUUAUUUAAAUUAAUGCAGGAGAUUCUUUAACUGACACUGUAUGGUAUGUAUCUUUCUUGUAACUAAAUCUAUUUCUCCAUUGUACUGUAUAUUUUUGUCCUUUAAGUACUAUUGUAGUUGGUUAAAUUCUGUCUAUUGAGGUGCAGCGUUUAUGUAACUUACUAAUUGACUACUUGUGAUAAAAAAAAAUUUAAAAAAAAAAAU